AUGCCAGCUGCCACUUUAUCGAAGCCGAUCAAAGCUAUUCGCGGAGUGCGGCUUCCCGACCACCCUCCUGGUACGGUCUGGGACCUCACCAUAGAGGGCGAGGAAGACUCGACAGAGAGGAAGAUCACUUCGAUAUCACCACACGACGAAGGCUCUUCUCAAGAUCCAGAACUGUAUCCGCUUCUACUGCCGGCGCUGACGCACCCGCACAUCCAUCUGGACAAGGCGUUCAUCCACAACGUGCAGGAGAAUAGCCAUCUACUUCCACGCACUGGGUCCUUCCAGGAAGCCCUGUCCCUCACAGCGCAGGCAAAAGAGCAAAUCACCUGGCCUGACGUCUUGGAACGAGGGAAAUGGCUAUUCGCCGAAUCGGUGGCGGCCGGGGUGACCGCCAUGAGAGCCUUCGUGGAGGUCGAUCAUACCGUCGGGCCCAUGUGUAUGUUGGCGGGGAGAGAUCUGGUAACCGAGUGGGAAAAUUCAUGCUCGGUCCAACUGAUUGCAUUCGCCCAAGAUCCAAUUUUCUCCGGGGAGCAUGGGGAAGAAAACAGAGAGCUCAUGGAGAAAUACAUUACUGCUCCGUCGAUACAGGGGGUGGGCACGACACCCUACGUCGAGUCGAGCGUCGAGGCGGCCAAGGAGAAUAUUGACUGGGCGAUCAAACGAGCCUGGGAGUUGAAGAAGCACGUCGACUUUCACCUGGACUAUAAUCUCGACCAGGGCACGGAUGCGUUGGUGUGGCACGUUCUCGACAGAUUGAAGGCCAAAGACUGGACGGCACAGUCCAGCGACAAGAGAGUCAUGUUGGGCCAUUGUACCCGAUUGACACUGUUUACUAGAGACGAAUGGGAUCGGCUUGCUCGUGAGAUCAAGGAAAAUGACCUGCCUGUUUCCUUCGUGGGCUUGCCGACCAGCGAUCUAUACAUGGCUGCUCCUCCCACACCGAAGAGUGGAGACAACAGCAUCAUGAGCAGGCCGCAGCAUGAGCGACCGAGGGGGACUCUACAAGUUCCACAGAUGAUCCGAGACCACGGCCUCGACGCGGUCGUGGGUGUCAACAAUGUUGGCAACGCUUUCACUCCGUGGGGGUCGGUGGAUCCGCUCUCACUGGCCUGCUUCGGUGUGGGCGUCUACCAGGCAGGUGCCAAACCUGAUGCCGAAUUGCUCUAUGAAUGUGUUUCGACCCGUGCGCGCGCUGCGAUAGGCCUCGAUGCUCACUGUACAGGGCGAUUGGCCCUCAAGGAGGGGGACUCUGCGAAUUUUAUACUGGUGUACAGCAUCAAUGAGACUGGGUGCGAGGUACAGCGACCGAGGAGAGGGGUGGCGGAGACGGUCUGGGACCCCCCCAGCGUUCUGAGUAGAGAUGUUGUCUCAGGCGGCAGGCUAAUCGAAAAGCCCAUAGCUGAGCUGAGAGCUGCCUCUAGCCCGGCAACCACCUUCAUCUAUGAAGACUAG